UAUUUUAAUAUGAAAAUGUUUUGAUUUAAAGUCUCCACAGUGCAGCAUAAAUGUCCACGAAUGCUGGAUCUGUUAGAAGAAUCAGCGUCACAUAAAGCUGCCCAAAAUAGGGCAAAGCGCUCGGUUCCGCAUUAAGCACAACAUUCGGAUCGUCUAGAGACUUGAACUUCCUGUUUUGUGUCUGCUCUUCUACUCCUCCCUCUCUGUUCUUCCUGAGCAUUCAAAAAGCAGCUUGAAGGAGCUCUCCGAAACCUGCCGAGCGAGGCGAGUUCGUACCGUGUGCCAAAAGUCUGACAAGUGCACCACUCCGGCUCUCAGUAUGACAGGAGAGCGUCGGGCGUGACCAUGUCUUCCACGCUGCUUGAAGAGGAUCUGUCGUGUCCAGUGUGCUGUGAUGUCUUUAGUGAUCCGGUCCUGCUUCCAUGCAGUCACAGCUUCUGCCGGUCCUGCCUGCAGAGCUUUUGGGGGAGCUCGGUUUUCCGGAGCUGUCCCGUUUGCAGGAGGAGGGUCUCCAAGAAGCAGCCUCCAAGCAACCUGGCGCUGAGGAACCUGUGCGAGGCCUUCGUGCAGAGCCAGAGCUCGAGGUGUGAGAGCGAAAGGAAAGCGGCGUGCCCGCAGCACGGCGAGAAGCUGAAGCUCUUCUGCGUGGACGACCGGCAGUCCAUCUGUGUGGUGUGUCAAGCCUCGAGAAUGCACAAGGGUCACAACUGCGCUCCCACAGACGAGGCCGCUCUGGACUGUAAGGAGAAGCUCACUUUUGCUCUGAAGACCCUGAAAGACAAGUUAGAUGUCGUGACCAAACUCAGAAUGACUUCAGCUAUGACUCUUGAGCACAUCAAGAGUCAGGUUCAGCUCAUCGAGAAUCAAAUCAAACAGCAUUUCAUUAAGCUUCACCAGUUCCUGCGUGAGGAAGAGGAGGCUCGGCUCUCGGCGCUGCAGGAGGAAGAGCAGAAGAAGGUUCUCGCCGUAAAGCUAAGAGACAAAGAGCUGGCGAACAGGAUCUCUUCUCUCUCAGACAUCAUCAGGCUCACGGAGCAGGAGAUCGCUGCCGAUGAUCUGACGUUGCUGCAGAACUUUCAAUCUGCCAUGGAGAGAGCUCAGACUUCAUCGCCCAAUCCGAAGGAGUUUCAUGGGGCGUUAAUAGACGAAGCCAAGCACUUGAGUAACCUAAAGUUCAGGGUCUGGGAGAAGAUGCAGCACAUUGCUCCUUACUCUCCUGUGACUCUGGACCCAAACACAGUACACCCAUGUCUCAGGCUGUCAGAUGACCUCAACAGCGUCCAUUACUGCAGCUCGGGUCUUCCUCUUCCCUCUAAUCCAGAGCGCUUCUGUGUCAGCGCCGAGGUUCUUGGCUCCACCUGCGUCGGCUCUGGGAAACACGCCUGGGAGGUCGAGCUUGGAGAGAAUGAUGACUGGAUCCUGGGCGUAGCCAGCGUAUCUGUGAAAAGGGACUUGGAGGUCCCGGCUCGCCCAGAAAACGGGUUCUGGACGCUGUGUUUGCGAGACGGAGAGUACAGGGCCAUGGUGUCUCCUCUAAAAACACUGAAGGUGGACAAGAAGCUGGAGAAAGUGCAGGUGGAGGUGGACUGGGAUGCAGGAGAGGUUUGUUUCUCCUGCCCCGAGAAUGGGCAAACGCUGCACAAGUUCUCUGAGGCAUUCACGGAUGAGGUGGUGCCGUAUUUCUACACGCAGAGUAAAAAUCCUCUGAGGAUUGUACCACAGCUAGUGACAGUUUCAUUAAAGAAGAACGUGAGAUGUGUGGAAUAAAGUAAUCAACAGGACGUAAGCUAGGCUUUGAGUAUGGUGUAGAAAGUUCAAAUCUCACCAUGAAAAAGCCGCCAGUGUGAAGUCCUUCUGCAAAAACGUAACUCCUCCUAUGGAGGAAAGUUUCCUGAAACUAACCAUAGUGUGAGUUUCCUGUCUUCCUUUUUCUGGGUACUUCCUGUUUGGUUGCUCAUUCCUAUAAGGCCAUAAACCUGGGGCAAGGAAUCUUUCAAGUCACAAAAAAACCCUUCACUUUAGCCCUAAACCAUUAAAGAAAUCUGGUGCUCAUUUGCAUGUAACACUCUGAUUGGCCCUUGUAUUUUGUGAUGUCAUAAUACCUGUCUGACAGAUGCCAACUAUUUUUCACUUAUUUUUAUGUAACACCUCAAUCAUCUCCAGGAACUACUUUAUCCUGGUUAGAAUAUGGAGUCCAUCAUGGGAACACCUGCCAUAAAACAAGAACAUACCUAGGACUAUCAGGAGAACCACUGUAUAAUCUAAAUAAUAAUAACAAUAAAUGAUAAUAUGAUUUUUUUUCUCUCUCUCACUGCUCCUGCAGAGCUGCUUUAAUAAAAGACAAUAGAUUUUCUGUGGUUCAGAUCGAAUUACAUGAACGUUUUUGGAUAAAGAUCAUCCAUCCAUUACAUGUUCAAUGACUAUGAAUAAAUAUGAUAACAUGAUUGGGUAUUUUAAGAGAAACAGAUCAGAACAGAAAUUGGAAAAAAAACAAAAAAAAAACAGAAACACCUGAAAGCUGAAAUUGUCUAAAACACACGAUGGCGCCAAAAUUCCACCUACUGAAAUUUUUAGAUAAAUAGAUAGAAAAAUUAUGCGUAUCAGGAAUGUGCAUCUCCAUAACUGAGGUCGAUAAAAUUUACAUCUCGAUGCAUAGCCAGCGAUUCGAUACAUUAAAGAUGCAGAAGAAGCUGCUACCGAUGUCGAUACAAUCAACAGUGCGAUCGGAUUUCGAUUCGAUUCAACACAAUGCCAUUCCACAAUUCGCUUUGGUUCAGACAGACAGCAAAUCAUCAAUU